AUGACCAUCAAAGGGACAAUCCGUUUCGAGGACCUCGGGGAGCCCGUGCAGCGGCUCCUGAGGUCGCUGCGGGCCGGCUACACGGACGAGGACAUGGCGUUGCUCGAAUACGUCUCCGUGAAGGACAUGGCAAAGAUUUACGGGGAGAUGUCGUCGGACCGUCACGCCGAAGAAAUUUGGGACGAGCUCCGCGCAGCCCUCAAGGCCCGGCAGGAGAAGGCGGCACGCCGUGAGCUGGAGCUACACAGUAGAGAACAGCAACUUGCGCUGGAGCGAGAGGCGGAUGAGCGUGCGCGGCGCGAGCAGGAGGAGCUAGAAGAGGCGGAACGGCAGGCGGCGGAGGCGCGGCGUGAGCGACGGGAGGCACGUCGCAAACGUCGAGAGGAGCAAGCCGAGGAAGAGGCGGCUGCAGCUGCCGCUGCGGCAGAGGAGGCCGCAAUGCGGGCGGCGGAGGAGGAGGAGCGCCAGCGGAAGGCAGAGAAGAGGCGGAAGCGGCGAGAGGCCCGUGAGCGGGAGUUGCAGGAGCAGCAGGAGGCUUUAGAGGCGGAGCGGCAAAAACAUGCGGCGGGAAACUCAACCUCACAAAAAAAGGCCUGGGAGGAAUAUGUUGCCAGCCACCCUCUAGAGUUUGGCGGUUGCAAUCAAAACAUUGAGCAGAAGCACGUCGAGCACAAGCUGAAGGCCCCACCUGCGGCCACGAAGGAGCUUCUUAACCGAACGUAUACACCCAAGUGCCCUAGGUGUGCCACAAAAUUUAUGGUGCCGCCAAAGGCGUGGGAUUGUCCACUGUGUCUGCGACGGACGCGUCUACACAUCAAGGUGUGGCAACCGGACGACUCUUCCAGUGAGUGCAUGAUUUGUCACACCGGAAUUGGCCGCUUCUCCCGCCAUCAUUGCCGAAGCUGCGGCCGCUUAGUAUGUGAUACCUGUAGCAUGACAAAAGCUGUGAUUCCAGCUUUAGGCUUUAAUGUCGCGACAAAAAUAUGUGACGACUGCGCGCAGCUUGGCCGUCGCCUUGUAUCAAAUCAAUAA